GCCGCCUGUCGAGCCGGGGCAGAGCUCCUCGCAUGGGUUUUCAGUGUCGGCUGCUCGCGGUUAGCCUUCGGGACUGUCUGGCGGAAUGACGGGGCAGCGCCUCUGAGCACGUGCAGAAUGCAUCUCCCGAAACUCGUCUGCUGAGCAACCGCGGCCGAACAUACGCAUUUUGAGCGGGGGACUUUGGGAUCAAAAGAGGGUGGCUUCCAGGGGUGCCUCCUUUAAGAAGUAGCUGUCAGGGUCAAGUACUGCCUUGCUGCUAUAAGAGGGGCAAGGUUUGCAUCCAGCCCAUGGGGAGGGCCUUCCCACUGAAUAUAAGGCCAGCAUUUAGCCUUCAGGAGUAUGCAGUUACCCUUUGAGCAUCUGCAAUGUGCAGAGUUAAUCAGUUAAACACAGUUAAUUAGAAUCAUAGAAUAGUAGUGUUGGAAGGGGCUAGAAGGUCAUCAGGUCCAACCCCAUGCUCAGUGCAGGACACCAGUUAAAACAUCCCUCUCAGAUGUUUGAUUAACCACAUGUCUAGUAAACACAAAAUAGAAGCAACUGUUCACCUUGAUACUGGUUAGUUUAAAAAAUGGUGCACUAGUGUAACUUUCAGUGUUUUGCAGAACAAUAUGGGUAUACUUGUAAUACAGAUAUUAUUAUUACCCCUGCUAUUGUUGUCAUUAUGGAAGACUAGUGGAAAUCAGCCCAAAAUCCGUAUUAGACCUACCUUUAUUAGAGGAACCAAAAACUCAUCCUGGAAGAAUAGACAAAUUUGCAAGAGCGCUUUCAAAGGACAAGAUGUUAUUUUAAAACGGGGGGCAGGAGGGGUGAAACCAAAUUGAGUCUCAAGAAUGGGAGAGGAAUGAUUUGCAGACACUGAAUUCAGAUUCACCAGGUCAAGGACAUACUGCUUCCCAAAGAGUGCUGGGACAAAGAAAGGGAGAAACAUAAGCUCUGCCUGUUCUCAGAAGUGUGUUCCCCUUUUCCUCUUAUCCAUCACUACUAUUGUUAGACUUACCCCAUGAAGAUUUCCACAGGAACAAUAGGGCCCCCAUUCACGGCUGCUGACAGAGUGUUCCACAGCCACAGUGUGACCCCCAUUGCAGCUCUGCAGAGAUUUAGCAUUGCUUUGCCCUUCCACUUCCGAAAGCAAUAUAUCAAUUUUUACCCUCUGUAUUGCUUUUGCACCUGAAUUUUACCUGAUAAAACUAUUCCAAGUUGGAGGUUCCAAAGUAUGGAAAAGGAUCAAACCAUUUGGUACAUACAUCAGUACAAUGCUAUCAAGCAGUGGAAAUCAGAAGGGCACAUUGCAGUCUGGCUGCAUGUUCCUGUUCUACAAAGCAGAUUUAUAGCUGCUGCUGCAGAGCAAGGCUUUGCUUUCCACCAUGCUGAAUCGGACACUGCUACACUGACUCUGUGGCUAGCAGGAGGACGCAGCAGGCUACCUAGUUAUGCCACUCAUCAGUUAGGAGUUGCAGGUGCUGUAUUAGAUAUCCAAACAGGGAAAGUAUUGGUUGUACAAGACAGGAAUAAAACAACAAAUGCAUGGAAAUUUCCAGGUGGAUUGGCCGAACCCGGUGAAGAUAUUGGGAACACAGCAGUUCGAGAAAUUUUUGAAGAGACAGGCAUAAAAUCAGAAUUCAAGUCCCUUCUAAGCAUAAGGCAGCAACACAGACAUUCCGGAGCCUUUGGGAAGUCUGAUAUGUAUAUUAUUUGCCGCUUGGAGCCUUCCUCUUUUGACAUCAAUUUCUGCCAGCAGGAGUGCCUGAAGUGUGAAUGGAUGGACUUAGUGGAGCUUGCCAAGACAAAAGAAACUACUCCAAUCACCAGCAAUAUAGCUAGGCUACUUCUGUAUGGGUACCGAGAAGGGUUUGAUAAAAUUGAUAUUACCAUGAGAGAAUUUCCAGCUGUGUACACAGGCCUUUUCUAUAAGCUGUAUCACAGAGAACUGCCAGAGAAUUAUAGAAAUAUGACACAUUUAUAAUGUAUUUAGGUAUUUCUUAGUAAUUUAAGACUGCCUGAAGUAAAUGUGCAUGAUGUUUCAGAUUAUUCUUUUUAUCUUCUAUCUUCUAGUAUUCAUUUUAUCUUCUAUCUCAAUAAUAUAUAUUCAUUUCACUUAAAAUGCUAAAUAUUGUAGUAACUGUGCACACUUUAAUUUUCCUGUUCACUUGGUUGUCCAAAUCCAAUUAUGUAACCAUUUACCUAAAUAAUCAAGUAAAAAUGAAGAUAAUAUUUGACUGGAAAUAAACGUAGACUGAUAUUCCAUCCUGCAACGUUCACAUAUACACCAUGCAUGGACACACAUAUUUAUAUAUAUGCAAAAAAGCACAAUGGUUCCAGGAAAUUUUAAAAAAUGGAAGACUAAAACAUAUACAAUUGUACAUAUUAAUAAUCUGAGAUCAAUCUGCAAAUGCCAUUGAUCCUGGCACACAAUUGGUCACAUUUUUUGUCUCACGGGAAGGGGAAGAUUUAGCAUUGUUGCAGCAUAUUUUAUAUACUCUGCCACUGAAAUCAACUCUUGGCAGACAUUGGAAGGAAAAGGAUAGCCUUCUGUCCUCGUCCAGUUUUUGACCCGGGCUUGACCUGACCAGUUCGUUUCAGUGCAACGUACCAACCAUGAUAUUUACGAGACUGAUAUGUAUUGUAGUUAUUAGAUUCCAAGCGUUCAAAGAAGAAACAUUCAUCUGUUAUGUAUUUCUGAAAAUGAAAAGAAGAGUCAAUUAUUCAGUCAGAUGCUGUCAUGAAAUAGAACUUCCCAAUAUAAUCAGAUGUAUUAAAAUGAAGCUGAUGAUUACAGUAAUAAUUUAGCAACAUUAUGCAUUUUCUUUCAAAUCCAGAUAACUACUUAUCUUUAAAGCUGCCCUCUUUCAAACAAAAAAACCCCUCAUACUGGGGUUUAACAACAGUUUUCCGUAAGCUAAUUUUUCAUUUUUGGGUCACUGCUUAACACCUAUUUUUCUGCAUUAUUUAAUAGGAAUGGUAAUUAUAAGGUUAAAGACACAUUAAGUGCUCAACCUAAACAGAGACAGGUGAAUGCCUCAAAUCCAAAAUAGUAAAGCUGUAAUCAUAUACCCACUUAAGAGUCAGUUUCUUUAAAUUCAGUGAGACUUCUGAGUAGAGAUAUAUAGAUUUGUGUUUAAGGUCAAUUUAGUGUGGCAACUAACUAAUCCUUUUUAAACAUAAUUUCCUUUGGAUUUAAAUCUUACACUGAAAAUCAUAUAAUUAAGACUGAAAGGCAAAAUUCAUGACUAUCCUACAGGUGAGAUUGUGUUCUUAAUGUUAUAAACCUUUAGAAAGCUUCAUAAAAUUUCUGUACCAUCUAGUUCCACCUUGAAGCUUUUAAUAUAAUGAGAAGAAAAAUAAACACACAUUUGCAUCUGCUUACCAUUGCUAACAAUCGGCCAUCUCCAUUCAUAGCAAGGAAACGGUUUGCACAUACUCCUUUGAUUGACACCACACCUCUCUCUUCCGCCUGAAGCAGCAAUUUAACUAGACAGGAAAGAAAAUCAGACUUUAAUCUUCAAGGAAAUUUCAUGUUCCACAGGGUGCAAAUAGGAUGUAUUGCUUAGAAAAGAUUAUCAAGUAAAUGUCUUGUAAAUGUACAUAGAAAGCAAAAUCAAUCUAAGCCAGUGGUGACAAACCUAUGGCAUGAGUGCUGCAGUAGGCAUGCUGAGCCCUCUCUGUUGGCACGCAAGCCAAGUCGCCACAGCAGCCGAGCAUUGGAUAACAGCACACAUAGGGGCCAUGCGCAUGCUCGGAAAGGCGUAGCAGCACCAGACAAUGACAUAACGAGCCGCAACUCAGUAGCCGCAACUCAUCCAUGCUUUCAUAUGGCCGGUCAGUGCACUGCCAAG